GAGGAGGCGGGGAGCGAACGAGCGAGAAGUUAUAAGUAAGAAGCGCGCGGCGGCCGCCGGCAGUUCCCCGGCCGAAAGAGCGAGCGCGGCUCCGGGCGCGCGGGGAGCAGAGGCGGUGGCGGGCGGCGGCGGCACCCGGAGCCGCCGAGUGCCCCUCCCCGCCCCUCCAGCCCCCCACCCAGCCACCCGCCCGUGACCCGCGCCCAUGGCCGCGCGCACCCGGCGCAGUCCCCAGGACUCCGCACCCCGCGCCACCGCCCAGCUCGCAGUUCCGCGCCACCGCGGCCAUUCUCACCUGGCGGCGCCGCCCGCCCACCGCCCGGACCACAGCCCCCGCGCCGCCGACAGCCACAGUGGCCGCGACAACGGUGGGGGACACUGCUGAGUCCAAGAGCGUGCAGCCUGGCCAUCGGACCUACUUAUCUGCCUUGCUGAUUGUCUAUUUUUAUAAGAGUUUACAACUUUUCUAAGAAUUUUUGUAUACAAAGGAACUUUUUAAAAGACAUCUCCGGUUUAUAUUGAAUCCAAAGAAGAAGGAUCUCGGGCAAUUUGGGGGUUUUGGUUUGGGGGUUUUGUUUCUAAAGUUUUUAAUCUUCGUUGACUUCGGGGUUUGGGUACCCCUCUCUCUUCUUCGGACUCCGGAGGACCUUCUGGGCCCCCACAUUAAUGAGCGUUGGCGAGAGGAACUCUCUCACAUGAAGCGACUUCCCCCACUUCCCGGCCGCCCCUACGACCUGGCGGCGACGGUGGCCACAGACCUGGAAAGUGGUGGAGCUGGUGCAGCUUGCAGCAGUAACAACCCGGCCCUACCCCGGAGGGAGACCGAGGAGUUCAACGAUCUCCUGGACCUAGACUUUAUCCUUUCCAACUCGCUAUCCCACCAGGAAUCGGUGGCCGCCACCGUGACCACCUCGGCGUCAGCUUCAUCCUCGUCUUCCCCAGCUAGCAGCGGCCCUGCCAGCGCGCCCUCCACCUGCAGCUUCAGCUAUCCGAUCCGGGCCGGGGGUGACCCGGGCGUGGCUGCGGGCAACACAGGUGGAGGGCUCCUCUACAGCCGAGAAUCUGCGCCACCUCCCACGGCCCCCUUCAACCUGGCGGACAUCAAUGACGUGAGCCCCUCGGGCGGCUUCGUGGCUGAGCUCCUGCGGCCGGAGUUGGACCCAGUAUACAUUCCGCCACAGCAGCCUCAGCCGCCAGGUGGCGGGCUGAUGGGCAAGUUUGUGCUGAAGGCGUCUCUGAGCACCCCUGGCAGCGAGUACACCAGCCCUUCGGUCAUCAGUGUUAGCAAAGGAAGCCCAGACGGCAGCCACCCUGUGGUAGUGGCGCCCUACAGCGGUGGCCCGCCGCGUAUGUGCCCCAAGAUUAAGCAAGAGGCCGUCCCGUCCUGCACGGUCAGCCGGUCCCUAGAGGCCCACUUGAGCGCUGGACCCCAGCUCAGCAACGGCCACAGGCCCAACACACACGACUUCCCCCUGGGGCGGCAGCUCCCCACCAGGACUACCCCUACACUGAGUCCCGAGGAACUGCUGAACAGCAGGGACUGUCACCCUGGCCUGCCUCUUCCCCCAGGAUUCCAUCCCCAUCCGGGGCCCAGCUACCCUCCUUUCCUGCCAGACCAGAUGCAGUCGCAAGUCCCCUCUCUCCAUUAUCAAGAGCUCAUGCCACCGGGAUCCUGCCUGCCAGAGGAGCCCAAGCCAAAGAGGGGAAGAAGGUCUUGGCCCCGGAAAAGAACAGCCACCCACACUUGUGACUAUGCAGGCUGUGGCAAAACCUAUACGAAGAGUUCUCAUCUCAAGGCACACCUGCGAACUCACACAGGCGAGAAACCUUACCACUGUGACUGGGACGGCUGUGGGUGGAAAUUCGCCCGCUCAGAUGAACUGACCAGGCACUACCGCAAACACACCGGGCACCGGCCCUUUCAGUGCCAGAAGUGCGACAGGGCCUUUUCCAGGUCGGACCACCUUGCCUUACACAUGAAGAGGCACUUUUAAAUUCCACAUCGUGGACAUGACCCACACUGCCAGGAGAGAGUUCAGUAUUUUUUUUUAACCUUUCACACUGUCUUCCCACGAGGGGAGGAGCACAGCUGGCAAGCGCUACAAUCAUGGUCAAGUUCCCAGCAAGUCAGCUUGUGAAUGGAUAAUCAGGAGAAAGGAAGAGUCCAAGGGACAAAAGAAAAGAAAAGAAAAAAAUACUAAAAAACAAACAAACAAAAAAAAAAAACAAAAGAAAAAAAUCACAGAACAGAUGGGGUCUGAGACUGGAUCUUCUAUCAUUCCAAUACCAAAUCCGACUUGAACAAGACUGGACUUACAAAAUGCCAAGGGGUGACUGGAAGUUUGUGGAUAUCAGGGUAUACAUUAAAUCAGUGACCUGGGGGGAGGGAAGACCAGAGUUCCCUUGAAUUGUGCUUCAAUGAUGCAAUAUACAUGGAAAGACCACCUUGUAUGCUCUUUGCCUUCUAAAAAGCCAUUAUGACGUCAGAGGAAGAGGAAGCAAUUCAGGUACAGAACGUGUUCUAAUAGCCUAAACGAUGGUGCUUGGUGAGUCGUGGUUCUAAAGGUACCAAACGGGGGAGCCAAAGUUCUCCAACUGCUGCAUACUUUGACAAGGAAAAUCUAUUUUUGUCUUCCGAUCUACAUUUAUGACCUAAGUCAGGUAAAUAAGCCUGGUUUAUUUCUGUAACAUUUUUUAUGCAGACAGUCUGUUAUGCACUGUGGUUUCAGAUGUGCAAUAAUUUGUACAAUGGUUUAUUCCCAAGUAUGCCUUUAAGCAGAACAAAUGUGUUUUUCUAUAUAGUUCCUUGCCUUAAUAAAUAUGUAAUAUAAAUUUAAGCAAACUUCUAUUUUGUAUAUUUGUAAACUACAAAGUAAAAAAAAAAUGAACAUUUUGUGGAGUUUGUAUUUUGCAUACUCAAGGUGAGAAAUAAGUUUUAAAUAAACCUAUAAUAUUUUAUCUGAA